GUGCAGCCAGCCCCAACUCCAGGCAGAGCCUUCUGCUGAGCUGUGCCCCCUCUUGCCCCUUGCAUCCAUCCACCCCGGCAGCCCCCUCGGCCCGCCUGCUCUGCUCCCCCUUCUCCCUCCCUACCUUCGUCUGUGGAGCGAGAGAACAAGUGUCGGAUCGGGGAGUGCAUAGCAACAGGAUUCUGGGAUGAAGAAGAUUCGGCAGCAGCAGCUCCGCAAGCCGGUGACACCAGAGCUCCUGGUGAGCCCCAGCAGCCAGGACGGAGACCUGGGUUCCCAGUGCCCAGAAGACAGAGGGAACUGGACGGGACGUCUGGAUUUCCUCCUCUCCUGCAUUGGGUACUGCGUGGGCCUGGGAAACGUCUGGAGGUUCCCCUACAGGGCUUACACCAAUGGAGGAGGAGCUUUCUUGGUUCCUUACUUUAUCAUGCUGGCCAUCUGCGGCAUCCCCAUCUUCUUCAUGGAGCUCUCACUUGGGCAGUUCGCCAGCCAGGGGCCCCUCGCUGUCUGGAAGAUCAGCCCUCUCUUUAAAGGCAUUGGCAUGGGCACCAUCCUCAUCGUCUCCCUGGUGGCCAUUUACUACAAUAUGAUCAUUGCUUACGUUCUCUUCUACCUCUUUGCAUCCCUCACAAGCGACUUGCCCUGGCAGCACUGUGGCAACUGGUGGAACACUGAGCUGUGCCUGGACCACCGCGUCAUCAAGGCGGGGAACACCACCCUCCCCGUCAACAUCUCCAACACCGUCAGCCCCAGCGAGGAGUACUGGAGCCGCUACGUUCUGCACAUCCAAGGGAGCUCUGGGAUCGGGGAUCCUGGCAGGAUCCGCUGGAACCUGUGUCUGUGCCUGCUCCUUUCUUGGACCAUCGUGUACCUGUGCAUCUUAAAGGGAGUCAAAUCCUCCGGCAAGGUCGUGUACUUUACCGCCACUUUCCCAUACCUCAUCCUGGUGAUGCUGCUCAUCCGUGGUGUGACACUGGAGGGGGCGUGGAAGGGAAUCCGCUUUUACCUCACACCCCAGUUUGACCACUUGCUGUCUUCCAAGGUGUGGAUCGAAGCAGCCCUGCAGAUCUUUUACUCCCUUGGGGUAGGCUUUGGGGGCCUCCUCACCUUUGCCUCGUACAACACCUUUCAUCAGAACAUCUACAGGGACACCUUCAUAGUCACCCUGGGCAAUGCCAUCACCAGCAUUUUGGCAGGGUUUGCCAUCUUCUCUGUUUUGGGAUACAUGUCCCAGGAGCUCGGGGUCCCUGUCAACCAAGUGGCCAAAGCAGGUCCUGGCCUGGCUUUUGUGGUGUACCCCCAGGCCAUGACAAUGCUCCCCCUUUCUCCAUUCUGGUCUUUCCUCUUCUUCUUCAUGCUGUUAACCUUGGGCCUGGAUAGCCAGUUUGCCUUUAUGGAGACCAUUGUGACAGCAGUGACAGAUGAAUUUCCCUACUACCUGCGACCAAAGAAGGCUUUCUUCUCCGCCGUCAUCUGCGUUGGCCUCUUCCUGAUGGGACUGAUCCUCACAACAGAGGGCGGGAUGUACUGGCUGGUCCUGCUAGAUGACUACAGCGCUGGCUUUGGUCUCAUGGUGGUGGUGAUCACUACCUGCCUGGUGGUGACACGUGUCUAUGGCAUGAAGAGGUUCUGCAGAGACAUUCACAUGAUGCUGGGCUUCCAACCAGGGCCCUACUUCAGAACCUGUUGGAUGAUCCUGUCCCCAGCUACGAUGAUGGCACUGCUGGUGUACAACAUCAUCAAGUACCAGCCCUCUGAGUAUGGCAGCUACCGCUUCCCUGCCUGGGCUGAGGCCCUGGGCAUCCUCAUGGGGCUCUGCUCCUGUCUGCUGAUUCCUGCAGGCAUGCUCAUGGCUGUGCUGCAAGAGGAAGGGACGCUGUGGGAGCGCUUCCAGCAAGCCAGCCGUCCCACCAUGGACUGGGGCCCGUCGCUGGAGGAGAACCGGACUGGUACAUAUGUGACCAGCCUGGCUGGCAGCCAGUCCCCCAAACCACUGAUGGUCCACAUGCGGAAAUAUGGGGGCAUCACCAGCUAUGAGAACACAGCCAUCGAGGUGGAUCAGGAGAUCGAGGAGGAAGAGGAGGAGUCCAUGAUGUGAGGGGCUUAUUCCUCCUCUUUACACUUUGGCACUUCAAGCUGGCUAAGGGCUGAGGAGGCUUUUGGAAUCUGCUGGCCCUCCUGGACCCCUCACCACCACCCCAGCCCUGCCAGGGCAGAGAUGCUGCCUGUCCUGUCACCCCCAAGGUGUUUGUGUUCAGUGUGGCAAGGUGUGCAACAAGUCCAUAUGUUCAUGUGACGAUGUCUGUGCAAGCAUCUGGGCUGCCCCAAGCCUUUAGCCCCAGCCCAGGGAUGCUUGGUGCAGAAGGAGGCACUCCUUUGAGUUCAUGCAUUCUCUGCUAAUAUGUGUUUAACUCCAGCAACCUGCAAACACAUGGGAGAAAGGAUUUCAAUAUCCUACAUGCUCUGAGGAAGGUCUGUGUCAGUGCCCUCAGAGGUACCCCAGCAAAACCAGGAUGCAUCAGCAUCCUGCUGAAAUCUGACCUAAUAAAUGAGCAAAAAGAAUAAGAGGGAAAUAAAGUGCUUUAUGAAUAAACUGC